AUGCUCGACACCAGCAAUUCUAUCGCUCUCACAGCCUUUGUUGUAUCGUUAGUCGCUCUAGCCGUGACAAUCGCACAGCUUUUACAGCAAUACUUUGCCACAGCUCAAGGAUACAACCGCUGCUCCAACCGUUUCAUCGGCGACUGGUCUCGUUUCCGCCAUCGCCAUUUCAUUUGGCGUGAGUUUCGCUUUGAAGUCGAAUUUGUCCGUCCACAUAUUUAUAUUGGGACUGCCGAUCAACACAUCGGAUUUAAGCAACGACUUCCCACUCCCUCAUGGAGUGUAUUUGAUUUACUGCCGACCGUGCGAAAAGAAAAAGAAUGGCGUGCAAAUUAUCUAGGGCGGUCCAUUUUGGUUAGUCAACUUGGAACUGAUUUUCAAAAUGAACAUACUCACGCAUCGUGGCCUAUGUUCAUACGACACAUCAAAAUUUUUGAUGCGCUAGCGAACAGAAGACUACCACACCCCAAGCAUCAGCAGGGAUUUGACAGUACAGGGCCGCAAAAUAAUGACUACCGGAAACCAAAAACGACUCAAUGUUAUCAUCUCACAUCCCAAUUUGGGAUCUAUAUUUACUUUAAGCCCUGUACCUGGGAUGAAGUCGCGGCAAACUCCACACAACUGACAGGCACAGUCUCAAUCCGUGACCUUGUAGUAUUGGCCCGCCUACUCGGCCUUGAUUGGGACCAUGGGCCAUUCCUCUUCCAUCCGAAUACAUCUGAUGCUAUAGCCCCGAAAACAGCAACUGAUAUAUCGCUAAAUACCAAUGACUAUAUGCAAGCCGCUGGAAACAGGCUCUCACUGGCGAAGUACAUUACACCGCAACUGCGGUAUGAUCAUCAAACAAACUUUCCACCUCACCUUCAGUCUUCUAGAAAAGACACCUUUUGUGUGCAUUCGGGCUCUGUUGCUAUGUUUUACAGCCACAUUUUGCCCGACGAAACCCUGCUUCCGGGGUGCAAAUCGACAACGAUUUACGGCACUAACUCAUGGGAAACUUGGUUACAGAGGAUGUGGAUCAAGGAAGAUCUGUCGCCACGGCCUUCGCUAGUGAAUUGCCUUGUCUCACUGUGCUCGGCUAUCAUAACUGACCCGGCAAUCUAUGCUGUUCGGGUUCCGAAACCACACCCCUUCAUCCUGGGCCCGUUUGUUAGGCCCAAAAUUGCGGAGCUUUUUCGAAAAGGGCUAAAUCAAAUUGUAUCGACACAAGCUGAGACUGGCUCUGCGGAACAUAUCCGACUGAUAGCUGUUGCAAUCGAUAACCUAGAACAGUAUCCCACACAGACCCGAGCAGACAAAAAUCAUCUAAGCUACUGGGCAGCAUGCCAGGGCGACAGCCCAGCGUGGAGCAUGCUAGAACGAGACCCGACUCAUGAGGCAGAAUUAUUCUUUGAGAAAGUACAUGUCUAUUUAACGUGGGUCGAGGGGAUGCUAGGAGCUUUUCUGCAACGGAUGGAUGAAUCGAAUGGCCCAUACAUAUAUUUCUAUUUUGAUUUGGUAUCCGCAUUUAUAGAGUUCGUUGCCGAGAUGGAGACAAGCGAGCCAGCCACCCAGACCCAAGCCAGAAUAGGUCCUUUCCUGCAAUGGCGACGGACAAUGAAGGCGUUUUUCAGACAUUUCAGUGUCAUUGAGAUGAGAGUUCGGGAUCGUGGGAAAAGACGUGCGCUCAUGCAUGUCAACGGUGUAUCUUCAGAUAAUCUGAGCACGCCGUUUGAUUCUAUAAUCGAUUGCGGGCAGCUGCAAGGAUAUGAUGCUAUCAGCUCAGAUGAGAUGACCUUUGCAGCAGGCAUCGAUGUCAUCUAA